AUGUGCUGUGGAUUCUAUCUGCAUAUUUGUCAGCUGGUCUUUGAUCCAGCCUAUCACACUGUCUUAUUCCAUCGAUUCUGCCUCUUCUCCUCCCUCGUGCCCCUUUCAGCCCUCCUGGAGUCCCCAGGGCCACUCGGCCUCCAUGGAGAGCAGGGAGAGGGAUGCGGGACCCUCGCCCAGGAGAUUUGCCUCAAUAAUGGGAACGUGACGAAGGAUCCCGUGCCUGCACUGGGUUUUCAUGAUGUCUCAACUCUCACAGACCUGUGCUCCAGUGUGGAUCUACCAGAGGUGGAGAUUGUCAGUUUGCUGACUGAAGAAUUACCCAAAUACACUCUGCGGGCAGACCAUGUGUUUGGGUACGAGCAUGAUGACUGGCUGCACACACCUCUGCUGCCACCAGAGGCCGCUCUGGGACUCACACACGAGCAGACCGACGAAACACUCAAGUACUUCUUGCUGUGUUCAGAGAGAGUUGGUCAAAUCACAAAGGCAUAUCAUGACAUUGAGGCGGUUACACAUCUGCUGGAAGAGAAAGAGCGAGAUCUGGAAUUGGCAGCCCGGAUUGGCCAGUCGUUGCUAAAGAAGAAUAAAACCCUGACUGAACACAACAAACUACUGGAUGAACAGCUGGAGAGUACCAAGGAAGAGAUUGCCCAGCUGCGCCAUGAGCUCUCCAUGAGAGAUGAUCUCCUGCACUUUUAUGCCAGCACUGAAGAUAUAGAGCACGCCACAGAAACACUGCUUAUAAGGAACGAUUCGUCGUCAUCUCUCAGCAACUACAUCAAUUAUGACUUCCUGCAGCAGAAACUGAAAGGUCUGGAAGAGGAGAACUUCAAGCUGCGCACAGAGGCAGAUGAAUUAACAUUCGAGACCAGCAAUUAUGAAGAACAAGAGCAAAGGCUGAUGAUGGUGUGCGUGGAUGAACUCACGUCAGCGAAUAAGCAGGUCGUGUCUCUGUCAGAGGAAUUGGCGCGUAAGGUGGAAGAUUCCUUAAGACAACAAGAGGAGAUUAGUGCUCUACUGGGACAGAUUGUUGAUCUGGAGCAGCGCUACAAAGUGCUCAGCACAGAGAACGAGGAGUUAACGCAACAUCUGAAUGCCUCUCGUGAGUCUCAGUCGCAGCUUAAAACAGAGCUGAAGGAACUGCAGGAGAGAUACUCGGAGUGUGAAGACAUGCUUCACGAGGCCAGAGAGGACAUUAAAAACCUGCGCAAUAAGAGUCUGCCUAACAGCACAGUGCAGAGGUACAGCACACUGGCAGCUGUCUUUCCAAUGGAUUCACUUGCUGCUGAGAUUGAAGGAACCUUCCGGAAAGGCCUAGACAGUCCAGCACCUACUGAGUACAAGACUCAUCCUCUGCGGGUGUUUGAGACUGUGAAGGUGGCCAAUCAGGUGUCUCGACUGCGCUCUCAGAAUCCCUCUCCUCAGCUUCCAGGUUCAAGCCCUACAUCAUUACGCUCCAGUCGAAUCAGCACACCACGGACCAGCUAUAAUGAACCAGACAACAUAAGCAUCAUCAUGGAGGAUAAAAACUCCCCUCCUACACACUCGCAGGAUCAUGGGUUGUUGGAGUCCAAGCGUUUGGGUCAGCCUGGUACUCCUGGUGGACAGGAUCUAGAAGAAGCGCUGCGGUCUCUCUCGGAGCGUCAGGAAAGCCACACAUCUGAGCGUCCGUUCUUCGAGGUGGAAAGGGAACGAAAGCUCCGCGCUCUGCUCAGCGGAAGCAGCGGCAGCGAUGGUGGAUCCAGCGGCUUCCUCACACCUAAUAGCAGCACGGCGUCUACUGGAACAAACUACUCUGGCACCUCCACACAUUCCUCUGGCACAGGAUCCUCUCGCUCACAUCUGCCCGAACGACUCCAGAUUGUCAAACCACUGGAGGGCUCAGCGACUCUGCACCAGUGGCAGCAGCUUGCAAAGCCCAAUCUGGGGGGAAUCCUUCUCCCACGACCGGGGGUCCUCACCAAAGACUUCAGAGAGCUGGAUGUGGACUUACAGCAGGUCUACAGCCUCAAUGACCUAGAAGAGGACGAGCCUGAUCUGUCCCAAUUCCCUAACCUCAGGCACGGCACUGUUGUCACUUCAUCUGGACCCAACAUCCCUCAACCUCCCCCCACACACCCGAGCACUAGCUGUCAGAUCCUCCAUCCCUCCACCCUCCUCUCCUCCUUCUCCACCAGCGUUCGGGCCCGCAGUGUGUCCGCUUGUGGGAGCUGUGAGUACAUAAGGACACCAUCAGCAUCCACAUCACACCUCUAUCAACCCCCCACCCUCGGCCUGCUCCAACUGGUGUCAGAACACGGCAUUUCAGCCACAACAAACCCCAGCUCCACCUCUCCUCUCCAUCGGGAAAAACAACAGGGCUUUAAUGGGAGCGAACAUAUGGGGAACAUUUUUAGUGUCAAUCUAGUGGAAAAGCUCAGAAGCUUGGGCCUUUACAAAGUAGUCGCAAGAGGAUUGGUGGAUUCUGUCCGAAAAGAAAGAGCAGACCCGCAUAACAGUCCCCCGUGAGACAAUUAAAGGAGCCAUUUUGUGCAUCGUUUUGCCGUGCAGCUAAACUUUCCGAAAGCCAUAUCAGUUCGGUGACUUAUCAAGUAGGUGGAGAAUUCCUGUCGAAUGAAUGUGGCACUGGGAACUCAAAGCAUGGAAUUCAUUACAAAGUCAAACACACAUUUUUUUUCCAUCAUAGGGUGUUCUAAACACUGCCCAGAAGACAAUAGCUGUAUAUUUGUUCACUUUUAACAUCUUUUGUUGAAACUUUGUCACCAUCAGUCUUGAAAUCACUGUUUUUUUUUAUUGUAAUGAAGUUAUUUUGUUGCAACACCACAGGAAAAUGCACUAUGUGGCCUCUGUUUUUGCUUUCUGCCGACCAAGCAUCGAUGUUAGUAGUGCGUUCCGCUUCGUGACAAACACUUUGUUCAUAAUAGCACUUUUCGGGGCAUUAAAAUCCCUUUUUCUAAUAAAUGCAGAGUACAUUAUGUGAGGUUAUGUACUGUACCUGCAGUUUAAACACUGUAAAAAUGAGCUGUAUUUAUGGUGACUGCUGGUGGACAUUAUACAGACUUGUUGAGCGAAUAGAAGUUAUGCUGUGCUUUAUUUUCACUGUGCUUUAAUUCAAGAACUCAUUUGAUGGUACACCGUGCACAUACACCUAUAUGUACUGCAUGUUGUGCAAUUUCAAUGUCACAGACACCAUUUCACCUAAUUGUAAAGAGCGUAACAUGUGAUUGUGUUCUGGCAGAAUCAGGGAUGCCGUAAUGAAGUUAAUGUUGUGGUUUUGCUUUUAUUAAACUGUACACAAUUGGAUACAGGAACUAUUUGUUGCAUUUUCCAUUGAACUCAACAUGCUUUUUCACUAUCUUGUGUUCGUUUGUGUCUGUCAACCAAGUGAACAGAAAUAUGAUCAUAUUUUUUUUUGUAUGUGGAGAAAGCCUUGUAUGCGUUGGAGAUCUUCAGAGCGGCGUGAUGAAGUGUGCUAGUUCCUGGUCUACAGUUCUCAUGGUCUUAGUUUUCAUGUUUUCCCAAGUAAUAUACUGUAAAUGAAAUAUUCCACUCAGUACAAGACACAAUGCCUGGUCACCACUUUUGUAGAAUAUGUAUGAGUUGUGUAAAAAAAGGUAAUGUAAAGAAUUAUGUAAAAAAUUGUUAAUUUAAAUGAAGGUGAGGUCGAGAAAAAGUUGUAUUUUUACAUUAGAACAAAGUUAAGACACUGUUUAGGCUCACAAUAAAUUGAAGCCUCAGAAUUCACUGUAUCACACCUUUUUGGGCACUGAUAUUGUGUUACAUGGCAAUAAAAAACCGAAGUGUAUU